CUGCAGGGAAGCCAAAGAAAGACAGUCAAGCUGAAAAUCAGCAGGUGGAGAUCCCCAUGGUGGAUCAAUUCUUUUCAAAAUUCUUUUCUUUGAGCACUUCGAAAGAGGAGGCCCCUCUGCUCUGCGAUCUCAGAGAUGUAACAAGGGAAGAACACCAUCAAUGCAACACAUUGAGAUGACAUUAUCAAGAUAUAAUGAGCAGGGAUAUUGACCAAUCCGUGUGGGCAGAGAGAGACAGAGGAACAGAUCUGUCAUGUUUGCUGCUCUCAACCACGAGCUGUACAAUUAGCAGGUGAUGCAAAGAUUCUCUUGAAGUGCAAAAUACAACCUGUAAACCAUAAGCAGUCAUCUCCAGGGCUGAAAAAUGAUGUCCAAGUGCCAAAGCCUGCAGAUCCUUAAAUGUCCACUUGAGGCUGUGUCCAAAAGCCAGUCCUUAUAGAUAAAAUGAUGAUACAAGAGAAUGCUUCUGUUUUUUUUGGCUAAUUUCCCAGUUUAUUUCAUUAGCUUGUCAUGAUCCUGGAGUUUUCGAUCCAGCCUUUUCAGUUUUUCUAUUUUCAUUUUCUGUUAUUUUUAAUUUUUCUGUCUGACUCUUAUUGUAGUCGUAUAAUUUUGGUUUUGUAUCUGUAUUAGUUAUUCUUUGUUGUUGUUUUUUUUUAAUCAAUAGCCUCAGGUCUUUUUACUUGUCGUUUCUGUCUUCUGUCCAUGGUUUUAGCUUGUUUGUAUUCUCUUGCAUAUUUCAGGUUUUGUUCGUCCCCAUGUUUGCCCGUAUCUUGUUUAUUCUCCUUUACAGUGUUAGAUGUUCCUUUAAUUUGCUGGUCUUGCAUGUGUUGUGUUCAGUUUUGCUUUGGACUCUGUUCAACUGUCUCCACUUCCCCUAAUUGCCUUUCUUUGUAUAUAAAGCUGCUGUCUUCUCUUGUCCUUUGUCAGUGUCUGUUCUAUCCUGGUAUUGCUAGCCUUAGUAUGUUUUCUAGGUUCUGGUUUCAUUAAGUUUAUUGUUUUCAUUUUUAUUAUUUUGUACUUGUUUCAAAUUUUGUACAGCUCACAAUAAAUGACUUGCUUUCAGUUCCAUUCAGUCUGCUUCUAUGAUUCACUCCUAACAUUAAACUCUUUGAAACAGCUUUUGGAUAAGUUUCUUUUAAAUCUUAUUAAGGGUUAACAUGUGUGCUGUUUUUUAAUGUUUAGCUUUCAGCUUCAGCAGCAGACACUCUAAGGUAGGGGUCUCCAAUAUUUUUUCCCCUCUGAGAGCUACUCAUCCUUUCAAAUGUUUCAUUUCAACACAAACCAACCGAAUAAGCUUGUUUUUCCUGAACAUUUACAAAAAUGUUGGUAUCCACAACCUAAAAGUUGCAUUAACAUCACAAAAAUAUUUAGUUCACUUGCAAGUGCAUGUUUUAUGUCUGUAUACACUACAGAGAAAUGUAUCUCGCACUACUAAAUUAAAACAAUGCUGUCAAAACAAAACAAUGCAAUUACAAAUACACAGAUAUUAUUUAUUCAAUUAUGAUUUCGUUACAUGUGCUUGUUUCAUUUCUCAAAAGCAUUCACACUAAAUAUGUUUUUAUCUUUGCCUUGUAUCUGUAGGUUCAGGCGGUUAAUUUUCUCUCUCAGUCACAUCUGUCAGGAAACCAAGAUCAAGCAGCAACUCAGGUAAUAUCAGAUAAUAGUGUGGUAUCCUCCUUCCUCACUUCCAUAAAAGCCUCGGUUUCACCGAUCAAUGAAAGAAAGCAUUUCAGUAUCCAACCCGACUUAACCGUCUUAUUCUGUGUGGAGGAGGAGAUCCCUAUACUUGGCAGAGUGUUCCUCCAAGAACAACUUGAAGCUUCGGUGUUGCUUUGCCUUUGCUCGAAUGGAGCUGAUGACAUUAACAUUAUUAACAACAGGCAGCAUGACAUGGUCAAAUUCCAUCAUUUAUGGGCAUAGAGCCUGUUGGUAAGUGAUGUAAUGAUAGUUUAAAAACUUAAGAAAGUCCGCGUCCGAUUAAAUCCUGAGUCACAGCAGGUGCUCCAUCAGUUUUCACAGACACCAGGUUUUCAACAGGGAUCUUUUUUUUCUACAAAGUAGUCCUUCAGUGAUUGUAAAUAUCCGCUCCUCUGCUUGUAGUUUUAAGCGGAAGUAAAAAAGUCACCAAACACCAUCUGAAUGAAAACAGCCAGCUGGGCUGUAUCACUGGAGUCGACAGACUCAGCACACUGAAUUUAAAAUGAUUUGCACCUCUGCACGUCCAAUUCCGGCAGUUUUAAUGCAUCUGCAGACAGUGCAGACAUACUCCUUGCCAGUCACCUAAUAAUGUUUCAGCCAUGCAGUCAUAGUUUCCUUUACAAUCCUGCCAUCAGUGAAGGGCUUUUAGUGCUUCAUUGAGUGAUUUGCCACUUUCAACAAGGCCUCUGUCGCGGCAUUGACCUUCUUCGUACUGCCCAUCAAAACUGACUCAUCAAGUUUGACAGCAUUGCAACUGUUUGACACCUAAUUGUCAAAUAAUCAUCUGAUAGAAAAACUAUGAAUUUGAUUCUUCGUACAUAUAAGUUGGUUUGAUGAUUGACCAAUCAAAUUUGACUACACAAGUUUUGAAAUGUAUUUGAAAAGGAACAACAUGUUGGAGGCUCCUGCUCUAAGAAGUAUGCUGUCCAGAUUUUCCAGAAAGUUCCUUUUAUUUUAAGAAUGUUUUUUUAAGUUAGCUAAAGGUAUCAUGCUAUUUAAUGUCACAGGUAUAAACAUUUUACUAAUCAAGCUAGCCUAACUAAACGAGCUAGUCUGCCUAAUUCUGUGAACUGAAUAUGGUCACACUCUGUUAAAAAUACAUAAAUAAACAAACAAACAACAAAACGGCACCUUUCAAAAAGUCAAGAAUUCAAAACAACAGACCUCAAACCUGUGGGUGAGAUCACAAUGGCCAGUGUAGCUAGAGAUGAAGAUGUAAGGUGAUUGUUGCCAACAAAUGCAAAAGACUGAGACGUGAAAGAAGUAUUUAUAUAGAUGCACCACCUGCAUGAAGGACUUUUAAAAUGCAUAAGUAUAGAGUUAGCCAGAAAUUACCAAAAAAAACCCCACUCUGACAGAAAAAGACAGUCUCUUGAUUUGUGUUUUUCUCUUGCAAAUGGACUUUCUUACUAAAGGUUUUAUCUCAGUGUGUUUUUCCUGUGUGCUGCUCCAGUGUUGCCAGUGUUAGGUAUAUACUGGGUGCACCAGCCUCAAAAGCACAAACUUUAACACCAGUAUGCAUCUAAAGACCCCUGUAAUCAGAAGCAGGAAGUGAAGUCAACCACAAACAAUGUACUGUCACAUACAGAGUACAAACAGGUUUUAACCACGUAGACAGCUGGUUACUUAAAUGUCUGCCAUGAAACAUUACUUGUGCAGGACCAUCCUUUAUUUGCUGAUCUUCACAGUCCUCAUCCUCACUCCGGAUGCUCAGAGUGACUCUGACUGUUCUACAGAAAUUAGAGUACGUCGCAACACAGUUUAUAAUGCAUCAGCUGGACAACAACUUUGGAUUAAUUGCACAGUUAUUUUUUGCAAUGAUUCACCACCAACAGUCACCUGGUAUAAAGUUGAGGAAGCUAUUGUCCCCGUCAAUGUCAGAGGUGAAAGUCACAUUAUAACAGCAUGGAAACAUUUUAAAGACUCAGCAGGGAUCUUCUAUUUGAUCUUCCAAAACAUUCUCAGAAGUGACUCUGGUCAGUAUCAGUGUCAAGGUGGAGGGAGUAUGGGUCAUGCCAUCACUGUCAAUGUCUACGAUCAUGGUGAAAUUACUGUUACACAGAAUAAUGUCAGAGAUCAUGGUGAAAUUACCACUGUUACACAGAAUAAUCUCACAGUCAGCACGACUUCUGCUCCUGAAAAUACAGAAACCUUGUUGCCGUACGUGUACUCUGCUGCUGGGAUCGCCACAUUCGUCAUCAUAGUCAUAAUCAUAUCUGUCAUAUCAAUGCGAGGCUGUAAAGGGAAGCCAAAGAAAGACAGUCAAGCUGAAAAUCAGCAGAUGGAGAUCCCCAUGGUGGAUCAAUUCUUUUCAAAAGUCAUCUUCAAGCAGAGGAAAGAGGAAGACCCUCUGCUCUGUGAUCUCGGAGAUCUAACAAGGACACCAUCAUCGUAACUCAAUGAGCUGACAUUAUCAAGAUAUGAUGAACAGGCAUAUUGACCAAGGAGGGCAAUAUGCCUGCUCGAGGAGGAGAGCAGCUAUGUUGUGUUUGCUGCUCCCAACCACAAGCUGUACAAUUAGCAGGUGAUGCAAAGAUUUACUUGAAGUGUAAAAUACAACCUGUAAACCAUAAGCAGUCAUCUCCAGGGCUGAAAAAUGAUGUCCAAGUGCCAAAGCCUGCAAUUCUUUAAAUGUCCACUUGAGGCGGUCUCAAAGUUUACAGCAGAAAUAAACAUGGUUACAGGAUGGUACAAGAAAAUGGUUUUGGUCUCUGUGGCUAAUUUCCCAGUUUAUUUCAUUAGCUUGUCAGAAUCCUGGAGUUUUCGAUCCAGCCUUUUCAGUUUUUCUACUUUCAAUUUCUGUCAUUUUUAUUUUUUUCUGUCUGACUUCUAGUCAUAUAAUUUAAAAAAUUUUUUUUUUAAAAUCUCUAUUAGUUAUUUCUUGUUGAUUUUGUUAUAUAGCCUAAGGCUUUUUUUCUUGAAGUUUCUGUCUUCUGUUCCUUAUUUUAGUUUUUUUCGUCCCCAUGUUUGUCCAUAUCUUGUUUAUUCUCCAUCAUAUUGUUAGAUGUUCCUUUAAUUACCUACUUCCUGUUUUAUUUUGCUAGUCUUGCAUGUGUUGUGUUCAGUUUUGCUUUUGACUUUGUUCAACUGUCUCAUCCUCCCCAUCUCCCCCCAUCUGUCCACUUCCCCUAAUUGCCCUUCUUUGCACAUAAAGUUGCUCUCUCUCCUUGUCCUUUGUCAGUGUCUGUUCUAUCCUACUAUUGUUAGCCUUAGUAUGUUUUCUAGUUUUUGGUUCAUUGUCCAUUUUUAUUAUUUUGUACUUGUUUUAAGUUUUGUACAACCUGCUUUCAGUCCACAAUAAAUGGCUUGCAUUCAAAUUCA